UGUUCCGCCCUAAAAGCAGAACCGCCCACAGGACGCAGCUCGACUCGGCCAUUUCAGCCGGGGCACUGGGUGUUAUUGGUCUUCAUGAAGAAGGGGGGAAAAAAGUGGUAACUUCGGAAUCGCCUACACAGGGACGUCUAAUCUCCGGGAACAGUCACCUAAAGCUCAUAAAUAACGCUCUUAUAAAGCAGGCCGUGUAAUAUGGGGAACCGGGUGGCGCGUGAGGAUUUCGAAUGGGUUUAUACCGACCAGCCACAUGCCGACCGGAGAAAAGAGAUUCUCGCCAAAUAUCCAGAGAUAAAAUCUCUCAUGGGACCUGACCCGAGGCUAAAAUGGAUUGUCUGCAUGAUGGUAGCCAUCCAGUUCCUGGCUUUUUACCUCAUCAAGGAUUUGGAAUGGAAGUGGGUCCUGUUUUGGACUUAUGCGUUCAGCAGUUGCAUAAACCACUCCAUGACUUUAGCCAUCCAUGAAAUUUCCCACAACACAGCAUUUGGCAACAAUCAUGCGAAAUGGAAUCGCUGGUUCGCCAUCUUUGCUAACCUGCCUAUCGGUCUGCCAUACUCUGCCUCCUUCAAGCGCUACCACCUUGACCACCACCGCUAUUUGGGUGGGGAUGGCGUGGACGUGGACAUCCCGACCAAUUUUGAGGGCUGGUUCUUCUGCACUCGCUUUCGCAAGUUUAUUUGGAUUAUUCUUCAGCCGCUUUUCUAUGCAAUUCGGCCUCUGUGCAUCAAUCCAAAACCCAUCAGUCAGUUGGAGUUAGCUAAUGCGGCUGUCCAAUUUACAUUCAACAUUCUUCUCUAUUGGCUGUUGGGUGCCAAGCCUUUGUUUUACAUGCUGGCUGGCUCGAUGUUGGGAAUGGGCCUCCAUCCUAUCUCUGGACACUUCAUUGCUGAGCAUUACAUGUUCCUCAAGGGCCAUGAGACUUAUUCUUACUAUGGAUCACUGAAUCUGCUCACUUUCAACGUAGGCUAUCACAAUGAGCACCAUGAUUUCCCCAGCAUCCCUGGACGAAGGCUCCCUCUGGCCGCCUUCAUCAUCUUCUUCUUCACCACCAGCACCACUUGUGGACCAACUAAAACACUUGCGCAUAUUUGCUGCCCCUUCAGUUCCAGAAGAAUCGCAACCUCGGUACAAACGGUACCUACGCUACUGCAGAAGAACAAGUACCAUCACAUUUUAAGAAUAUUCAAUAGGAGGAAGACUAUCAUGCAAGUGACAGCAAAGUGCCUUGAUCUUCCUCAGGAGAUGACAGAAGUAACAGAAAAUGUGAAGAAAAUAGCAGCAGAGUAUUACGAUGAUCUCCCAUGUUACACAUCAUGGUUGAAAGUCCUCUAUGAUUUCAUCAUGGAUGACAAGCUGAGUCCAUACUCGCGUGUGAAGAGGAAGCUGAAGGGAGACCUGAAGUUGGAGUGAAUAGAUUUUCGUUGACCAAAAAUGAUUGCCCAGCCUCAGAUGUACAUACUCUACCUACUAACCCCUUUCAUAACCCCGUUCGGGACUAAGUUGUGUGUGAGUGAACAAAGACUAGCGCGCGUGUGUGUGUGUGUGUGUGUGUGUGUGUGUGUGUGUGUGAGAUUUGAAAGAAUGGUAAUUUUAUUUGAAUCAUUUCAAACAGUGUCUUCAAAGUCUGUUGGUGAAAAUGGAAUCAUUCCUCCUUCCUUGGGUUUUCACACACUGCAGCUUUGUUGAGUACACAACUACUGUUUGUCUAGGGAUUUUCUGUCACUACACAUUUUAAUUUUUGUGAUCUUUUUUCUUCUUCUUCUUCACUUCAUUUUUUAAAAAUAGUUUCCCUAAAAUUCAAACCUUAAUAUGCCUAAUGUACUUCUAACAUCUAAGCACCUAGUCCAAAAGAAAGCUGAUCAGCAAGAGCACCUAAAUGUAGUUUGAAUACAUCUGCUGCAAGCUGACUCACCUUGACGCAACAGUCUGCUUUCUACCAGCAAGUGACUGUGUCCUGCCUUCAGUGCUCACCACUGGCUGUGGUUUUUAAUGGGCCUUUUUUUUUUUUUGUCUGUAUAACUAACAUGGAGUGUGCACUCAAGGUGGGGACCUGAAUAAGUUCUCUCUGACUGAUAACUUAUCCUGUGUAUUUAUUCUUAGAUGGAGCCAGAGCAUUUGGAGAUCUGGUGACCUUGCUUGCAGAAUAACGUGUUCCUAUGCUGAUUCAGCAACAAAUUUUAAAGCCUGUGUGGUGAUGUGUAAAUUAUUUGUAAUGUUGGGCUUAAAGACAUUUAAUGGGUUGGAGAAAUGUUGCUUCUCAGUGAUCCUGUAGCUGUCCCACACUUUGAAGCUGGAGCUGACUAAUACAAAACUUUAAUCAAACAUAACUGUUUACUAGUAAAAUGUUUUGCUAUUUCAUAGGAUAAUUUUUUUUUUUUUUUUUUACAUGUCUUCAGUACCAGUGCGAGUGUCAAUACAUUAAGAAACAAAAUGACUUCUAGAUUUAGGAUUGUGCCUUUUGGUGAUUAAGUCACUGAUAUUACAUAUAUAAUAUUGCAUAUUAAAGAAUUCUCAAAUCUGAUUGAGCAGAAGGUGUUAAUUUUCUAUAAUAGCAACUCUGAUGGGAGUUCUGGCUAGGGCUGGGAGCUUGAGGACAUUUCUGCAAUACACGAUA